GAAAAUCCGCGAGAAGGCGGCGGGAGAAGAUGGCGGUGCUGUGGCAGAGUUUGCAAUCUUUCUGACUAGGCUAGUCGAGUAACUAUUCGGGUCAUGGCGUCAAACUCAACUAAGUCUUUUCUGGCAGAUGCCGGCUAUGGCGAACAGGAACUGGAUGCUAACUCUGCUCUUAUGGAACUGGACAAAGGUCUAAGAUCUGGCAAACUUGGUGAACAGUGUGAAGCAGUUGUUCGCUUUCCCAGGCUUUUUCAGAAGUAUCCAUUUCCUAUUCUUAUCAAUUCUGCAUUCCUAAAGUUAGCUGAUGUUUUCAGAGUUGGAAACAAUUUUCUGAGACUGUGUGUUCUUAAAGUUACCCAGCAAAGUGAGAAGCAUUUGGAGAAGAUCCUAAAUGUGGAUGAAUUUGUGAAGAGAAUUUUCUCUGUGAUUCAUAGUAAUGAUCCCGUAGCAAGAGCCAUCACACUCAGGAUGUUGGGAAGUCUGGCAUCAAUAAUUCCUGAGAGGAAGAAUGCUCAUCACAGUAUUCGUCAGAGUUUGGAUUCACAUGAUAAUGUAGAAGUUGAAGCUGCUGUUUUUGCUUCUGCAAACUUCUCUGCACAGUCAAAGGAUUUUGCUGUAGGAAUCUGUAACAAAAUCAGUGAAAUGAUUCAAGGUUUAGCUACACCAGUGGACUUGAAACUGAAGUUGAUCCCUAUCUUACAGCAUAUGCACCAUGAUGCAAUCCUGGCUUCCAGUGCUCGUCAACUUUUACAGCAGCUGGUCACGUCCUAUCCUUCCACCAAAAUGGUGAUUGUUUCUUUGCACACUUUUACUCUGCUUGCAGCUUCAUCUUUGGUUGAUACACCUAAGCAGAUUCAGCUUCUGUUGCAGUAUUUGAAGAAUGAUCCCAGGAAAGCAGUAAAGAGGCUUGCUAUUCAAGAUCUGAAAUUACUUGCCAAUAAAACGCCACAUACUUGGAGUAGGGAGAAUAUCCAGGCACUCUGUGAAUGUGCUCUCCAGACUCCUUAUGACAGCUUAAAGCUGGGGAUGUUGUCUGUUCUUUCCACACUAUCAGGGACCAUUGCCAUCAAACAGUACUUUAGUUUAGCUCCAGCUUGUUCAGGAAAUGUGGGUUCUUCCCCCAGAUCUUCAGAUUUAGUCAAAUUAGCCCAAGAGUGCUGUUACCAUAACAACAGGGGCAUCGCAGCUCAUGGAGUAAGAGUCCUAACAAAUAUAACUGUUUCUUGUCAAGAAAAGGAUCUUGUGGCACUGGAGCAAGAUGCUGUCUUUGGCCUGGAAUCCCUUCUGGUGCUUUGUAGUCAGGAUGAUAGUCCAGGUGCUCAGGCCACUUUAAAGAUUGCUCUAAAUUGUAUGGUGAAGUUGGCCAAGGGCAGGCCCCAUCUUAGCCAGUCAGUGGUUGAGACCUUGCUGACUCAGUUGCACAAUGCUCAGGACUCUGCCCGGAUCUUGAUGUGCCAUUGCCUGGCAGCUAUUGCUAUGCAGCUGCCCGUGUUGGGCGAUGGAAUGCUUGGCGACCUCAUGGAGCUCUACAAGGUGAUUGGACGUUCAGCCACAGACAAGCAACAGGAACUUCUGGUGAGUUUGGCUACUGUGAUUUUUGUAGCCAGCCAGAAAGCAUUAUCUGCUGAAGUAAAGGCAGUAAUUAAGCAGCAGCUUGAAAGUGUCUCCAAUGGAUGGACUGUGUACCGUAUUGCCAGACAGGCUUCCAGAAUGGGUAAUCAUGACAUGGCCAGAGAGCUUUAUCAGAGUUUGCUGACUCAGGUUGCCUCAGAACACUUCUACUUCUGGCUGAAUAGUUUGAAGGAGUUCUCACAUGCAGAACAGUGUCUUACUGGGUUGCAAGAGGAGAAUUACAGUUCAGCACUUUCUUGCAUUGCUGAGUCUUUAAAAUUCUACCACAAAGGGAUUGCCUCCUUAACAGCUGCCAGUACACCACUGAAUCCUUUAAGUUUCCAGUGUGAAUUUGUAAAACUCAGGAUUGACCUUCUACAAGCCUUCUCUCAACUUAUCUGCACUUGUAAUAGCCUAAAGACAAGUCCCCCACCUGCAAUUGCCACAACAAUUGCCAUGACCUUAGGAAAUGACCUUCAGAGGUGUGGUCGCAUCUCCAAUCAGAUGAAACAGUCCAUGGAAGAAUUCCGAAGCCUUGCUUCCAGAUAUGGGGAUCUUUAUCAGGCAUCUUUUGAUGCUGACUCUGCAACUUUGAGGAAUGUAGAACUACAGCAGCAGAGCUGUUUACUGAUAUCUCAUGCCAUAGAGGCCCUGAUUUUGGAUCCAGAAUCAGCAAGUUUCCAGGAAUAUGGAUCUAGUGGAGCAGCCAAUGCUGAUAGUGAAUAUGAGAGAAGAAUGAUGUCUGUGUAUAAUCAUGUCUUGGAGGAGGUGGAAUCGCUCAAUAGGAAAUACACCCCUGUUUCUUAUAUGCAUACAGCAUGCCUCUGCAAUGCCAUCAUUGCUUUGCUGAAAGUUCCCCUUUCGUUUCAGAGAUAUUUUUUCCAGAAACUGCAGUCUACCAGCAUCAAGCUUGCUCUGUCACCAUCCCCUCGGAACCCUGCAGAGCCUAUUGCUGUCCAGAAUAACCAGCAGCUGGCACUAAAGGUAGAAGGAGUGGUUCAGCAUGGAUCUAAACCAGGGCUGUUUCGCAAAAUUCAGUCUGUCUGUCUGAAUGUUUCUUCCACUCUACAAAGUAAAUCUGGACAAGACUACAAGAUACCCAUUGACAAUAUGACCAAUGAGAUGGAACAGAGGGUUGAGCCUCAUAAUGAUUACUUCAGUACCCAGUUUCUGUUGAACUUUGCUAUCCUGGGAACACACAACAUUACGGUGGAAUCCUCAGUGAAAGAUGCCAAUGGUAUCGUGUGGAAGACUGGCCCCAGAACUACCAUAUUUGUCAAAUCUCUAGAAGACCCUUAUUCCCAGCAAAUUCGCCUACAACAACAACAAGCCCAGCAGCCAUUACAACAGCAGCAACAGCGAAAUGCCUACACUCGGUUUUAACCAUGCAAGUGCACUACAACUUUCAAGGGAUUCAUCAAAUUGGCAGAAAUAGUUUGCUUUUUUCUUAUGUAUUAAGUAUGAAACUUAAAAUGUGAAAUCAUUUAUUCAUUGAUUUCUGUAAUGUAAUGUUCUGGGGGGAAAAAAAUCUCUUCCCUUAAAAAUUUAGUUUGAGAAAUGUUUGGGUUCCCAGCCAGAGGUCCCCCCACCUUAUUCCUUUUUAAACCAAGUCCUUUAUCUUAUGUUUAACAUUUUCAUUGUUGUAUUAUUUUUCUGUUACUGGGCUGCUGCUUCUUUCAAGAAUAGUCACAUACUGUGCUAAUUUGGGUGGCACAUACACUAAAAUUGGAACAAUACAGAGAAGAUUAACAUGGUCCCUGCACAAGGAUGACAGGCAAAUUCAUGAAGCAUUCCACAUUUAAAAAAAAAAAAAUGAAGAAGAGUUACUAUUCGAUCAUAGAAUUAGUAAAUUUGACUGACUCUCUACUAUAAAUAUAUCUGCUGCCUGAUAUGGUCCUGGAAUUCUGAACUAGGCAUUGGAAGUUCACACCAGUCAUUGCAGGUUUUAUCCAUGCAGUGGGAACUGAGUCCUUCUGAAGACUCAGUGAAAGUGUCUCCACAAUAUCCUGCCUUCUACUCUGAGAGCCUGCAGUCUAGCAGGACUGAAACAUGUUGCUGCAUUAUUUCAGCCACUUACCUAUCUCUUUCUGUGCUAAAGCAAUCUUAAUUUAUUGUUUUGGUAUGUUAGUUGACGCACAGAGCAGCUAGCAAUUACAUAGAAACAUUGGAGAUUAAGAAUUUGUUGUUUUUUCUAAUAUAGUGUAUGACUGUUUAAUAUAGACCUUUUAUAUUAUUUCUACAAGUGAAAACAUCACUCUAAUUUAAUAUCUCAAUGUUUUAAGUUAACAGGGGCAGAUCUUCUCUUUUGAUUGGUUUGGUUUCUCCAUGAUGAGUCAUGUAGUGCUAGACUGGAUUGUCUAGAAAAAGCAGUCUCUUUAUAACACAACUUCAAUUAGUUGGGAUGCUCAGGGAAUAGAGUUUUCUGGUUAGCCAGAAAACCCCUUUUUUUCUAUUUUAACACUGGUUGAAAACAACAAAAUGGUAUACUUUUUUGUCUUAACACAGUUUACGAGGUGUAAUUGAACUGUUUCUUGAUUUGAGAUCUUUUAGUGCUUUGGGAUCAUGAUUUCUAAACAUCAGGGAUGAUCAUAGGAUUGCAGGUAUUACUAGUUACAUUGGGCUGGAUUCAGCUCCUAAGAUGAAGCAGGGCAUGUUCCCUGGAAUUUUCCUUUUUAAAUAAAUCUCUCAAUUUUUUUGCUUGUGUUUUACCUUUUUCUCUUCAAAGUCACAUUGAUUCAAAAGAGGUAGAGUUUAUGCUUUUUAAAAAUGAGGGGUUUUAAUUUUUCAUUUGUUUGUUUUUCUUGUUAUAUGACCUCUGGGGAGUGAGAAGUGAUUGGCAACUCAGGUUCCUCCUAGAUCAUUUGGCUUCAUGAGUCAUUGCCCCCAGCAUAACACAUUCUACUGGAACCAACAGACAUUGUCAUAAGCAUGUACAGAUCUACAGUGUCCAUUAUAAGUGACAUCCCUUUAGAGACCAUCCAGUUGUACACAGUGAACAAUUUGCACAGUCAUGUCAAUGUUUGGGAGCAUGUGCCUGGGGGAAGUCCAAGAACUUUUUUGUCCUUCUACCAGGUGAAGAAAGACAUGAGUCAGAAAGCUUGGGUUCCACAGAGUCAAAAGACUCCAAUGAAUUAGUUCUGUGACCUAGAAAGUCACUUUAUCUCUCUGGAACUUAGUUUCUUUGCAGAAUUACUAAAUUAAGACUAGAUUUCUUCAGUCUGGAGUUUUAUUAUCAGGUAAUUGAAAGACUAGAAAUGACAAAUUGGAGAAAAUCUUUUCCCUUUUUUUUGGUGCUGAGAACUGAACCCAAGCACCUCAUGUAUACUAAGCAUCCACUCUACCACUGAGUUACAUACACUACAGGCCCAGGCCCCUGAAAAAAAUUUUUUUCUUUUCUUUUGAGACAGGAUCUUCCUAAGUAAAUUGCUGAGCCUCAAACUUGGUGAUUCUCCUGCCUCACUGUACCAAGUAUCUGGGAUUACAGAUAUGUACUACCAUGCCUAGCUGGAAAAAAUCUUUUUAAUUUAUUUUUUAAUUAAGUAGUUGAUAUUACAAUGUGAAUUUUAGGUUUCUGGUACUGUGUCAAGGUAGAAUUCUCUAAAAAGAAGCAAAUCUAAUACACUAAAUUCCUUCUGAGACCUUCCCAAACCAGGUAGGCUUUUGAUAAUUGUAAUUAUGAACUCUUUGAAUUGGUGUACUACAGGGCACCUGAAACAACAUUGAAAAGGAAUUAUUAAAAUAAAAACAUCUAGUCAGGUGCGGUGGCACACACCUAUAAUCCCAGUUCCUCAGGAGGCUGAGGUAGGAGGAUGGAAAGUUCAAGGCCAGCUUGGGAAAUUUAUCAGACUUUGUCUCAAAAUAAAAAGAGAUGAUAGAGUGCUCCUGGGUUCAAUCCCUAGUACAUUGGGUGGAGCAUAAUCCAAAUAAUUCAGAUUAUGAAAAUAACUAAAGCCAAAAAGACUAUUUUUUUUUAGUAUGUCCAUUAGACCCAGGAUUGGAAUUCUGAUUUUAUGUUUAGCAUAAUAUCUACUGCAUUUUGUGUGUCAACCAUUAAAAAUAGUUGGAUAAGGCUGUGUUUAUAAUUUCAACACUAUACUAAUGAAUGAAAAGAAAUACUCAAAGCAUGUUUGCAUAAUUUAGAAAUAUGUAAAAUAAAGAGUACUGGCUGGUUGAAUCUAGGAAGAUAAGACUAAUUUUUCUAUGUACUUAGUGACUUUGCAGUUCAACUUCAUGGCUGAGAGAGCCAAACAAACCAGGUUCAAAUCUUACCUGUACCUAACUUUGUGACUUUGGACAAGCUACUUAAUCUCUCUGUGGCUCACUUUUGUCAUUCCUAAAAUAGAGAAACAUAGUGCUUCAUGGAUAGAUGUAAGGAUUGCGUUAAUGUAGCAUCAGUAUGCAUACAACACUUAGAACAUGCCUUCCACUUUGCUGCUAUUAUUAUUGCUACUGUUAUUAUCUUCCCUAGUAUUAUUUUUCACAGCCUUAGAUCAAUUUUUUUUUUUUUUUUUUUUUUUUUGUAUAGGGGAUUGAGCUCAGGGGCACUUGACCACUGAGCCACCUCCCCAGCCCUGUUUUAUAUUUUAUUUAGAGACAGGAUCUCACUGAGUUGCUUAGCACCUCGCUUUUUUGCUGAGGCUGGCUUUGAACUCACCAUCCUCCUGCCUCAGCAUCCCAAGCUGCUUAGGUUACAGCUAUGCCCCACCACGCCCAGCAGGUCAGUUCUUAAGCUUAGCAUUCUAUUGCUUCAAAAUAAAAAAAAAUGUUACAUUUUUUUGUGCUGCUAAACACACAUUCAAGCUGUCUUUCCUCAUGUUCAAUUUGGGUACAUGAAGUAAUAAAAUAACUUAAUAUUGACCUAAUUAAAAUGGAUUUUUUAUUUUUUGGUACCAGGGAUUGAACGCAGAGGUGCUUAGCCAUGGAGGCACAUCCCCAGCCCUUUUGAUUUAUUUUUUAUUUUGAGACAGGUUCUUACUAAGUUGCUGAGACUGGCCUCAAACUUGUGAUCCUCUUGGCUCAGCUUCUCACGUCACUGGGAUUACAGGCACCUGCCACCAUGCUUGGCUAAAAUGGCGUUUUUGACUACUACAGUGCUUUAAGUCAUUGAAGUAAUUAAAGACAAACUUAUGCAAAGGAAAUAAUGUAAAAUACUUCCUGUUGAUUGUCUUCAAUGGUGAUAGCAAUAGUAUAUUGACUGUUUGGAAAUUAAAGUACUGUUGUAUCCCAGCUUCAACUAAGAGAUCUUCUGACAUGACUUUUUUAGCUCACACUAACCAAGGUUGUAGGUAAUUUGCAACUGGAAGCUAUAUAAGUCACUCUUCACAUUAAGCUAUGGUUCAGAGAAGAGCAAACCAACCAAACAAGAUCUACAGACUAGGGUUCUGGAGAUGUCAGUUUAAAUUCUAUUUAUAAGACUCACUUGUCAUGAAACUUUAGAUUCACUUGAUCUUUUUGUACCAAUUAUCUGCCAACAGAGUAUUGAGAAUAAGAAGAUCUGCUGCUUUGUAUGUAGAAUAUAACGAGCAUUGGCCAAGAGAAUUUUCUAUAAUGAAAAUGUUCUAAAUCUGCACUAAUCAGUACUUAAAAUAUGGCUAGUUUGACAAGGGACUGAAUCUCCUAUUUACUUUUAGUUCAGUUAAGUUUAAAUAGCUUUAAAAAAAAAAAAAAAAGAAAGAAAGAAAAGGGGCUGGGGAUAUAACUUGGUUCGUAGAGUGCUUACCUGUCAAGCCCAAGGUUCUGAGUUCAGUUCCCAGCACUGCAAAAAAAAAAAAAAGUUUAUGUAGCUACUGCCUAUAGAAUUAGAUAGUGCAAAGGAGAGAAAAA